AUGCUCUUGUUUGAACACCGGCUGCCUGAAAGAGGAUGCUUGCUGCUCUGGUUGCUCCCAUCCAUUCUCAGAGCCCAGUCUAGUGGGGAGGUGAGGCUCAGAUCCACACUGUGCCAGCAGAGCCCCACAAAGGUGUCUUGCAAAGGAGUUGGCCUGCACAAGCUUCCAAAGGAGCUUGGCCAAGGCGUGAAGCACCUCGAGCUCUCCAACAACCUCAUCCAAACCCUGUCAGGCAGCUCCAUGCCAGGGUUUGAGCAGCUCGAGCACCUGGACCUGUGCUUCAACCAGCUGGAAGCUGUGUCAGCCACAGCCCUGGCUCAGCUGCCCCAGCUGCGCUCUCUGCUCCUGGGAUCAAACCACCUCGACCGCAAUUACCUCCCCAAUGGACGAGCCCUUCAUCUGCUCAGGAACAUGGAGGUCCUGGACCUGUCGGCAAACAACCUGGAGAGCCACAUGGCAGGAUGGUACAUCCGCAACCUCAGCAGCCUGAGGGUGCUGGACCUCUCCAGGAACAGGAUGAGCAGGCUGCAGGCAGGGAUGUUCCAGAGCACACCACGGCUGCGUGAGCUCCAGCUCAGCAAUAACUACAUCAUGGAAAUAGAGGAGGGAGUCUUUGAGGCUCUGGAGGAGCUGGAGGUGCUGAACUUGGCUUUGAAUUCCCUUCACUGCAUCUCUGGCUUCAGCCUCAGGCAGCUGCGGGUUCUAAAUCUGAGCCACAAUGCAUUGGAGCUGUUUGCCUCGGAGGAUGGAGCAGAGCCCUACCUGCUUCAAGUGCUCGACCUGAGCCAUAACAGACUGCUCUACUUCCCAGAGCUCCCCAAAGCCCAUUAUCUCACACACUUAAACCUCUCCAACAACCUUAUUGCUUCCCUGCUCCCAGGCUCAAGCCACCCAGGGGAGUUUGUACUGCACUACAAGGAGAUGGGGACGUUUAACAGGACCUUGCACACUGUGUCUGCUCUGAGCCAUGUGGCUGACUUGGAUCUCAGCAAUAACCAGCUGCAGCUCUUCCCAUUUACCUUCUUCCACAGCCUGGGCUCUCUGCAUCACCUCAGCCUGGCUAUGAACUGCCUCCAGGAUGUGGCCAGGGGUGACAUGGAGCCCAUUGAGCCCUCACCAGCACCACUGGAGCAUCCUGCCCUGUCCGUGCGCUCACUGGACCUCCAUGGCAAUGCCUUCCACAUGCUGCCACCCUGGUUCUUUGGUUCUCUGCCUCAGCUGGAAACUAUCAACCUGGGCUCCAACAGCCUCCAGCCUUGUGAGAGCCAGGGGGGGGAUUCAGAAGGCACCUGCACCCCCUUCUACAACCUGCCCCGCUUGAAGCAUCUGAGUCUUUAUAAGAACAAUAUUACAAAGCUACAGCCCUAUGCCUUCAACCAGACCUCACUACUCUCCCUAGACCUGUCGGAGAACAAGGACCUGUUCAUGUCUAAGGAAGCCCUGGCCGGGUUGGAGCUCUCCCUGCAGGAGCUCUCUCUCAGGGACAACCAGAUGGACAAUGGCAAAGCAGAGCUCCCCUGCCUGGGCAAGCUCAAGGUCUUGGACCUCUCAGGCAACAGCCUGAGCCUUUUACCCUCAGGUCUUUCCUGCUCCCCACUGGAAAGCCUGGACGUGCGCAACAAUCGGCUGCUGACGUUGGAACAGCCGGUGCUCACGAGCUGGUCCCACAGCCUGAAGGACAUGUCCAUAGCUGGAAACCCCUUCAGCUGCUGCUCCCUGGCCUGGUUGGACACACUGUGGGCUGCUGGUGUGGGUGUGCUGGACCAGGAUGAAGCUCUCUGCACCUACCAGGAUGAGAGCAGGAACUUCUCAGCCAAGAUAGGCAGCAGCCCUCGGUGGCUUUGUCCGCACCCCAAAGACAUGGGCUCUCUGGCUCUGAUCGUGGUCAUGCUGAGCCUCUUCUUCCUCACCUGUGGGGUUUGCUGCCUUCUGAAGAAGGGGCAGAAGUCACCAGCGUUUGUAGGACUGCAGAGCAACAGUGUGGGGGUCUUCCCCCCCAAUCCCAAAAGAGAGGAGCCAGGCGAGGCAAAGCCAGCAGACAGUGUCACCAACGUGUAG